AUUUAGACAAACCCAAACACCUCGUAAAGUCGAAGAAGGUGAACGAAAUACAAUUAGGCAAUAAUAGGAUGGUUUCAAUUGCAAUUUUUGAAAGCGACAUUCUACCGUGUGAGAACUUGGGCCCAAAAGCGGUAUUCUCCGAAGGAGAGAGAAAAAAAGGAGAAGAUGGACACAGAGUGGUACAACGACGUUCCCUGCUCUUCGAUCGCCGUCGAGUCCAUCAUUAGCGUCGGAACUGGCGGAUUGAUCUGGGGUUCAUGUGCUGGUUCCUACGAUGCGAAACAAAUAGGUCUGACAGGCAUUCCCCGCGCUUCUUUCGUGGCCAAGACGGUUGGUAAAUACGGGUUCCAAUGUGGACUGUUUGCUGGAAUAUUUUCAUUUACACGGUGUGGGAUUCGAAGAUACCGCAAGAAAAACGAUUGGGUGAAUGCUCUGGUUGCAGGUGGGUUUGCAGGGGCAGCCAUUGGUGCUGGAACCCGAAACUGGAAGCAGGUGGCUGUCAUGACUGCUUUCCUUUCUGGAUUUUGUGCCAUUGCUGACCAAUCAACACCACCAAUCUGAACAAUCAAUCUUCUUCCUUCUUCAACUUCAACAACACCAACAACCUGCUGAUUAUUAUAACAUAUGGUGCUCACCAAUCAAAAGAGUAGAUGUUAUUAUAUUUAUAGGCUAUAGCAUGAUUCCAACUUUAGAUUAGGCAGGACUGAGGAGGAGGAGGAGGAGGAGGAGGUUUAACUCAAACUAUAUGAAACUGUGGAUUGGAACAUAUUGUGUUAUGUUAUCUCCCUGGUUAAACCCCAUAUUUUUUUUAAUCAACAACAAAAAUAUUUAUUUAGUUUAUAUGAUUCUAUGCUCAGCUUGCUUAAUUACAAUUAGGCAUGCCUAACUGUACAUGAAGCAGGUGAAAGUUGAAACCCUCCCCUUGGGUUUGUUUUGGUCUAUAAUCAUAUAAUCAUGUUAUAGUUUGUGUUAUCUUAUGUGCACAUUUCAUUUUGGGUACCAUGCCCUCAUUCUUAUCUCUUAAUCAAUUGUCCGUAUUGUUUCCCCAAC